GGCUUUCGGGGCUAUCUCUUUCUUUCCCCGUUCCCGCGCGGCCCGGGGCGAGCCUUACUGCAGAAUCCGGCUGAGACCACUGGGGUUGGAGUUGGAAGGGCUACAUUUCGGGGGCGUGGCUUCUUGGAAUUCUCUUCCCCACUCCCGCGCGGCAGGGGGCGGGGCUUGCAAAGCUGUUCCUUUCUAUCCCCUCCUUCCUCCGCGGGAGGGGGCGGGUCUUACGGUGAGACCCGGACGAGCCUAGCGGCCGGUGGCGAGUACGCUUUGAGAUCCCGAGUGUGUGUGUGUGGUGGUUGUCGCCAUGUCUUUCUGUUCCUUUGGCGGAGAGGUUUUCCAGAACCACUUUGAGCCAGGUAUCUAUGUUUGUGCCAAGUGUGGCUAUGAGCUCUUUUCCAGUCGUUCAAAGUAUCAACAUUCCUCCCCAUGGCCAGCCUUCACUGAGACAAUACAUGCUGACAGUGUGUCUAAGCGGCCAGAAUUUGGCCGGCCAGAAGCCUUAAAGGUGUCCUGUGGCAAGUGUGGCAAUGGCUUGGGUCAUGAGUUUAUCAACGAUGGGCCAAAGAAGGGCCAGUCCCGAUUCUGAAUAUUCAGUAGCUCCCUGAAGUUCGUUCCUAAAGGUAAUGAAACUUCAGCCCCAAAGGGAAAGUAAUUGGGCAGUAGAGAGGAAAUACUGGUUAUGGACAAAUUGCAACCACCAAUUUACUUUGUAAUCAUCAAUUAAUGGACUUCAUAAAAAUUUAGACCAUCGGACUGAAAGACUACUGAAGAAACUACAAAGGCCUUGAAGUCAGAAGAUCCUAGAUAUAGAUCUGGGAGGGACCUUUAAGUCCAUCUAGUCUCUCCUUUACAGCUGAGACAAGUAAAGGCCAGAGAAGUGGACAGAACUUCUGAAGGACACACAAAUGAUGACAGAGAGGGGAUUUAAACCCAGAUCCUCUUAGUCCAAAUCCAACACGAGUCUAAUCCAAGUUUCUGGGCUGCCUCUCUUCAUUUCCUUUAGGUAGGUUCUUUCUAGGUAAAAAAACAAUAUUUAGGGAAUGAGAAGUAAAAACUCACUGAUGAAUACUUAUUGCACACAUUUGUAGAGCCACGUUAGAAUUUGAUUUUUUUUUUUUAGUGAGAGUGUAAAUUUCAAAUACUUAAAAUUUUUAGAUUUUUCUAAACUUUUGACCAUAUGGAGAUGGAAUUCUUAAUGUUAGUCAGCCAUUCAUUUCCUGUUUAAUCUUAUCCUAUUCUUUCAGCUUGCCCUCUACACUUCAGAAGUUCUAAAUGAUGAUCUUUUGUACUCCAGGUGGUCUAGUUUUGAAAGAGAAUUUGAUUGACUUUAAGUAGUAUGAAUACCAGAUUUCCAUGAAGCUUUAGGAAAGAAUGCAAAUCCUGAAAAUCUUUUCCUGUUAUUUUGGUUUAGGGUCACAGUAUGAAUUGCCCUGGUUAAACCCUUAUAGGAUGGCCAUGGUGAUGAAGGUUAGUGACCAGACCAGAAAACGGGACAAAUAUUUUUGGUCUUUAUUUGCAAAAGAUAGAUUUUAAAGAUAUAUUUUUAAAUGUUUCACUGCAACUUGGGUUUCUUAGGUUUAGGAAACACCUAGUUGGUCAAUUACCUCUGAAUGUGGGAAGGACUAUUUCCUUUACUACUUUUAAGUAUUUUGUCUGGUACCACCCUCAUUUAAUAUCUAUAGUCAUUUCUCUGGCAGAGAGAAGCAAAAAGCCUCAUCAUUUCCCAUAGGUUGAUUGAAGGGAAGGCCUUUCAUAGCUUAUAGUUCCCAAGACAUAUUGCCUUUUUUGAUAGUGCCAGAGACCCAGGAAGGCCAAGAUCCCUCCUUUGCUGAUUAGCACAAUGUGUACCUUGCACAUGGUAGUCCUGUUAAUACAAACAAUGUGAAGUUCUUAGACAUGAUCCAUUAUAAAUGUUAGAGAUUGAUUCAUUUUCAGCAAAGAAGAGAUUCAUCAUUAUGGCUUACAUAUAUAUACUUCAUCAGUUCUCCUAUAUACUAGUCACCUUUUUUGUAAUAAAGAGAUAAUGACACUGA